GUGCGGGCGCUCGGGCGCACACCGGUCGGCGGGGCUGACGCGGGGCGGGCCGGCUGAGGCGGCCGAGGCGGCCGAGGCGGCCGAGGAGCCCGGGAGCCCGAGGAGGCUGCGGAGCCCGCGGGGCGGCCGGGCGGAGGCGGCCGAGCGCGGGGCGGCCGGGCCCGCGGACCUGUGGGCGCGCGCGGUCCCACCCGGCCCGGCCCCGACCCCCGCGGCGGCGCGGGCCGAGGAGCGCGGCCGGGAGGAUGUCGGCGGGCGGCCGCGACGAGGAGCGGCGGAAGCUGGCCGACAUCAUCCACCACUGGAACGCCAACCGGCUGGACCUGUUCGAGAUCAGCCAGCCCACCGAGGAUUUGGAGUUUCAUGGCGUAAUGAGAUUUUAUUUUCAAGAUAAAGCUGCUGGAAACUUCGCAACAAAAUGCAUUCGGGUCUCUAGUACGGCCACCACGCAAGACGUGAUCGAGACGCUGGCAGAGAAAUUCCGCCCUGACAUGCGGAUGCUGUCGUCCCCAAAGUACUCCCUCUACGAAGUUCACGUCAGCGGAGAAGAAAGAAGAUUGGAUAUAGAUGAGAAACCCCUUGUUGUGCAGUUGAAUUGGAAUAAAGAUGACCGAGAGGGCAGAUUCGUUCUUAAGAAUGAGAAUGAUGCCCUUCCUCCUAAGAAGGCUCAAAGCAACGGACCUGAAAAGCAGGAGAAAGAAGGUGUUAUCCAGAACUUCAAGAGAACUCUCUCCAAGAAAGAGAAGAAGGAGAAAAAGAAGAGAGAGAAAGAGGCAGUGAGGCAGGCAUCUGAGAAAGAUGAUCGGCCUUUCCAAGGGGAUGACCUCGAGAAUUCCCGACUGGCCGCCGAGGUUUACAAAGACAUGCCCGAGACCAGCUUCACGCGCACGAUCUCCAACCCCGAGGUGGUCAUGAAGCGCCGGCGGCAGCAGAAGCUGGAGAGGCGGAUGCAGGAGUUCCGGAGCUCGGAUGGGCGGCCGGACUCAGGUGGAACACUGAGAAUUUAUGCAGAUAGCUUAAAACCGAACAUUCCCUACAAGACAAUCCUGCUGUCCACCACGGAUCCUGCUGACUUUGCUGUGGCCGAGGCUCUAGAGAAAUACGGUCUGGAGAAGGAGAACCCUAAAGAUUACUGCAUCGCCCGGGUUAUGCUGCCUCCUGGAGCCCAGCAUUCGGAUGAAAACGGUGCUAAGGAAACGAUCCUCGAUGAUGACGAGUGUCCUUUACAGAUCUUCAGGGAGUGGCCAACUGACCGAGGGGUUUUAGUCUUUCAGUUGAAGAGAAGGCCGCCAGACUACGUCCCGAAGAAAACGAAGAAACCUGUCGACGGGAAGCUGGUGAAAGGGAAAGAGAGAGCCGAGGGUUCCGGCUACGGCUCAGCACUUCCGCCCGAGAAGUUGCCCUACCUGGUGGAGCUCAGCCCAGUCCCAGGGAGAAGGAGUCACUUUGCCUACUACAGCUAUCACACUUACGAAGAUGGUUCUGACUCCAGGGACAAGCCCAAGCUUUACCGCCUUCAGUUGAGCGUUACUGAGGUCGGGACAGAGAAGUUCGAGGAGAACUCCAUCCAGCUGUUUGGAUCAGGAAUUCAGCCCCAUCACUGUGACCUCACAAACAUGGAUGGAGUUGUCACCGUGACUCCGAGAAGCAUGGACGCCGAGACGUACGUGGAAGGACAGCGCAUCUCCGAGACAACCAUGCUGCAGAGCGGGAUGAAAGUGCAGUUUGGGGCGUCACACGUGUUCAAGUUUGUGGACCCCAGCCAGGACCACGCUGUGGCCAAGAGACCCGUGGAUGGAGGCCUGGCGGCCAAGGGCCCCAGACAGAAGCCUGGAAUUGUUCAGGAGACAACUUUCGAUUUGGGGGGAGAUGUUCACAGCGGGGCAGCGCUGCCAGCGAGCAAGAGCGCCACCAGGCUGGACAGCGACAGGGCACUGCCUGCCCCCAGCACGGCCGAGCGCGGGACAGUGAAGCCGAUGCUGAGACUGGAGCAGCAGGACUACCGCCGGCAAGAAAACAGAACUCAGGAUGCUCUUGGGCCUGAACUCAUACUGCCUGCAAGCAUUGAAUUCAGGGAAAGUUCUGAAGAUUCAUUUUUAUCUGCCAUUAUAAAUUAUACUAAUAGCUCUACAGUCCAUUUUAAGUUGUCACCUACAUAUGUAUUAUAUAUGGCAUGUCGGUAUGUAUUGUCGAGCCAGUACAGACCCGAUGUCAGUCCUACAGAGCGUACUCACAAAGUGAUUGCCAUAGUCAACAAGAUGGUGAGCAUGAUGGAGGGGGUGAUUCAGGAAGUAGACCAGGUUGAUCAGAAACAGAAGAAUAUCGCAGGGGCGCUUGCUUUCUGGAUGGCCAACGCAUCUGAGCUUCUCAACUUCAUUAAGCAGGACCGAGAUCUUAGUCGAAUCACAUUGGACGCCCAAGAUGUUUUAGCACACUUGGUUCAAAUGGCGUUUAAAUAUCUGGUUCAUUGUCUUCAGUCAGAACUGAAUAACUACAUGCCGGCUUUUCUGGAUGACCCUGAAGAGAACAGUCUACAAAGACCAAAAAUAGAUGACGUCUUGCACACGCUCACGGGAGCGAUGGCGCUGCUGAGGCGCUGCAGGGUCAAUGCUGCUCUGACCAUCCAGCUUUUCUCUCAGCUCUUCCACUUCAUCAACAUGUGGCUCUUCAACAGAUUGGUGACCGACCCCGAGUCGGGACUGUGCUCUCACUAUUGGGGGGCGAUCAUCCGCCAGCAGCUGGGGCACGUGGAAGCCUGGGCAGAGAAGCAGGGAUUAGAGCUGGCGGCCGACUGUCACCUGAGCCGGAUAGUGCAGGCGACCACUUUGCUCACCAUGGAUAAAUAUGCUCCUGAGGACACCCCAAAUAUCAACAGCACCUGCUUUAAGUUAAAUUCACUGCAGCUGCAGGCCUUGCUACAGAAUUACCACUGUGCGCCCGAUGAGCCCUUUAUCCCCACGGACCUGAUAGAGAAUGUCGUGGCCGUGGCCGAAAACACGGCCGACGAGCUGGCGCGCAGUGACGGGCGGGAGGUGCAGCUGCAAGAGGACCCUGAUCUGCAGCUGCCUUUUCUUUUGCCGGAAGACGGCUAUUCUUGUGACGUUGUCAGGAACGUUCCAAACGGUUUACAAGAAUUUCUGGACCCUCUGUGCCAGAGAGGGUUUUGCAGGUUAAUUCCUCAUGCACGUUCACCAGGUACUUGGACGAUAUAUUUUGAAGGUGCAGAUUAUGAGAGCCAUCUUCUGCGUGAGAACACAGAGCUGGCUCAGCCUCUGCGGAAAGAACCUGAAAUAAUCACUGUGACUCUGAAAAAGCAAAACGGAAUGGGCCUCAGCAUUGUCGCGGCAAAGGGUGCCGGUCAAGAUAAACUUGGAAUCUAUGUCAAGUCUGUCGUAAAAGGAGGUGCUGCAGAUGUGGACGGACGCCUGGCCGCAGGUGACCAGCUGCUCAGUGUGGAUGGACGAAGUCUGGUAGGACUCUCUCAAGAAAGGGCAGCAGAACUCAUGACAAGGACCAGUUCCGUGGUGACACUGGAAGUAGCCAAGCAAGGAGCGAUCUACCACGGCCUGGCCACCCUGCUCAAUCAGCCGUCCCCGAUGAUGCAGAGAGUUUCAGACCGUCGUGGCUCAGGUAAACCCCGACCAAAGAGUGAAGGGUUCGAGCUCUACAACAAUUCAGCUCAAAACGGGUCACCCGAGAGCCCUCAGCUGCCUUGGGCAGAAUACAGUGAACCGAAGAAGCUCCCUGGCGAUGACAGGCUGAUGAAGAACCGGGCUGACCACCGCUCCAGCCCCAACGUGGCAAAUCAGCCCCCCAGUCCCGGAGGGAAAAGCGCGUACGCCCCUGGAGCAGCCGCAAAGAUCACGUCCGUCUCCACCGGAAACCUCUGCACUGAGGAGCAGACCCCUCCACCCCGACCUGAGGCCUACCCCAUCCCCACCCAGACGUACACCCGGGAGUACUUCACCUUCCCGGCCUCCAGGUCCCAGGACCGCGUGGCUCCCCCUCAGAACCAGUGGCCCAAUUUCGAGGAGAAGCCGCACGUGCACGCAGAUGGUCAUCAGUCCGGCCCCGCGAUGCAGCGCGUCACCCGCUCCCAGGAGGAACUUCGGGAGGAUAAAGGUUACCAACUCGAGCGGCAUCGGCUGGAGGCGGUGCUGGAUCGCAAGUCCGACAGCGACGUGUGGAUCCAGCCGAGCUCCUCGGUGGGCUCCAGCACGUCCAGCCAGGAGCACCUGGACCCCUGCUCCAAGUCGGGCACCCCCGCCUCCACGCUGACCAAGAGCGGCCCCGGGCGCUGGAAGACGCCGGCCUCCGCGCAGCCCCUGCCGGCGGCCCCCCCGCCCGCGCAGACAGACCUGCCCCCGCCACCCCCGCCGCCUCCCGCGCACUACGCCGGAGACUUCGACGGGGUCCCCGUGGACCUGCCCCUCCCACCCCCUCCCAGCGGCCAGGCGGCGGCGGAGCGGAGGAAACGGGAGGAGCAGCAGCGCUGGUACGAGAAGGAGAAGGCCCGCCUGGAGGAGGAGCGGGACAGGAAGCGCCGGGAGCAGGAGCGGAAGCUGGGCCAGAUGCGCUCCCAGGCCCUGAACCCGGCCGCGUUCUCCCCGGUGACCGUCGCGCACACGAAGCCGGAGAAACCUUCCACGCUCCAGAGGCCCCAGGACACGGUCAUCCGGGAGCUGCAGCCCCAGCAGCAGCCACGCACCAUCGAGCGCCGAGACUUGCAGUACAUCACGGUCAGCAGAGAGGAGCUGUCCUCGGGGGACAGCCUGUCCCCCGACCCCUGGAAGCGGGACGCCAGGGAGAAGCUGGAGAAGCAGCAGCAGAUGCACAUCGUGGACAUGCUGAGCAGGGAGAUCCGGGAGCUCCAGAGCAAGCCCGAGCGCAGCGCCGAGGACAGCGACCGCCUGCGCAAGCUCAUGCUGGAGUGGCAGUUCCAGAAGAGACUGCAGGAGUCCAAGCAGAAGGACGAGGACGACGAGGAGGAGGAGGACGACGACGUGGACACCACGCUGAUCAUGCAGCGCCUCGAGGCUGAGCGGAGAGCAAGGCAGACUGGUCUGCCAGCAAUCUCUGUUCUAGAUUUGUUACAGGACGAGGAGCGGCGGCGGCAGCGGCAGCUGGACGACAUGCGCAGGCGGGAAGCGGAGGACCGCGCCAGGCAGGAGGAGGAGAGGACGAAGCGAGACGCCGAAGACAAGAGGCGACAGGAAGAAGGUUAUUACAGCCGCCUGGAAGCCGAGAGGCGCAGACAGCACGCGGAGGCCGAGCGCAGGCUGCUGGAGCCGGAGGAGCCGGGCCUGGGCAGACCGCCGCUGCCGCGGGGCUACGAGCUCCCGGCCCCGUCCUCCCCGGCGGCUGCUCCUCCUCCCCCGCCUCAGCGGACCGCCUCCUCCCUGCAGGCCCCGGCCCUGUCCCCAGACUCCCUGUACACCGCCAGGCUCGUUGCGUACCACGAGGAGGAGGAGGAGGAGGAGGACUGCAGUCUGGCAGGUCAGGACAAGCUCUCCCACACCGGACCAAACUCUUCCGUGGGAUCUUCCGGGGCAGUGAUCGGUGCCCGUGACGGCUCCCGGGACCCGAGAGAGAGGCUGGCGAAAAGCCAUGAUGCAGAUUUACCUGGAAAUUCCGGAGCCCCUGAGAACUUGACAUUCAAAGAGCGCCAGCGGCUGUUCUCACAAGGUCAAGAUGUGUCCAAUAAAGUGAAAGCCUCUCGUAAAUUAACAGAACUGGAAAACGAACUGAACACAAAGUGAGACCAGGAAAUGGCACCCGUGCUCAGCCCAGCGUCCUCCCGGUGCGGCUUUGGAGGAUGGUCGGGGGAGAGAAGGAGGCGGCGGCAUUUCCGAGUCACAGAAGGGCUGUUUGGAAGAUGGGUGGGAUUUAGAGGUGGUCCCAGUCCAAGAAGCCCUUUUGUUUUACCAGGAGAUUAUCAUUUAUACGAUGUAAACACUGUCUAAUUUCUUAAUUAUCUGACUCACCCGAAGAUACGUUUUUUGUUGCUUUUUCUAGAGUCCAAGCUGGAAAGGGGGAGCGUGCAGCGCAGGCGAGGGCAGUGGGGUGUCUCCCCCGCUGUCCCCAGGGGGUGCCGAGAGGCCACGUCCGUCCCGUGUCACAGACUGGACUGUAGGGAUGGGACGGGGAGUAGCCUGCACCCCCAGACCUUGUUUGCACUAUUCCGUAGUAACUGCAGAUGUCCCGGAGGAGGGUGCGCACGGAGGACACGCCCGGCGCGUUGAGUCCAGCGCUCGCGUGGGCCGGGCUCGCUAGUCUUGUCCGUGCAGUCAGGAUGCGGCUCGGACCCACACCUCCUGGGAGGGAGGUGAUGCCCAUUGGAGACCCUGCCCCUCUCCUUCCAUACGGGGACAGCCCUCCCAGUACAUUCUAAAUAGUUGAUUUUAAAAAACUCCAAGAAGAAAAUUUUGAGGAUUUAAGCUUAGGAUAUUUUAUUUUUAUAAACGUCAGAUUAUUGUUAGGCUAAUAAAUCAUUGGUGAUUUUGAAGAUGGCAAUGACGUUAGGAAGUUAAUAUUUCAAAUAUUCAGGGGAAUCUGUAAAAGAGCAUCUGUUUAGCUGGGCAGUGUCGAUGUGGGUAGAAACACGGAUAUUGGAGAGGGAUGGGGGGGGGGGCAGGGGUCAGUAGUGACCUUUGAGCACAACUAUUGCUCAGAAAUUUUAAAUGCAGAGAAGAAAGAGUGACAUCCAUGUCCUGUCUGGGAAAGAAGGGCCAAUGACAUGGCAUCUGCGAUUUAAAUACUGUAAGAGUGACUUGUGAGGCAGUUGAAAGUAUUUAUUUUUUCACAUCUGAUAGUUACUGAACUUUCAUUUGAUGAGUUACUGUGACCAGUGUCCUUCCUUUAGCUGUGAACGUGUGGCCGAUACAGACACGGAUCUCACUCUGGUUUCUACUGUGUGAUGUGAAAAUGGUAAAUUACGUGGGGAUUAUGAGCAAAGCUUCUAUUUGACAAGGCCCUGCUGUGGGAUCCUGAGGAUUUUUCUGCACCAGAGUGUUCUUACAAAAUGCGUAUGUUAGAAAAACGUGCACACUUUCAAACAGAAGAGGGAGGAGAGCCUUUUUAGCCUUAGAAAUCACUUUAAUAGGCGCUGUAUGAUAAAUCACUGAAACGCGAGUGUAAAUAUCUUUCACGUCUGUCAGGGUUCUUAUGUGGAAGUGUGCUGUCACCACUGCCCUCGUUUAAGAGAGUGACCUGGUCUACGUGUUUAUGAAGGAUGCGCUUGCUCUAGAGCUCUAGGAGAAGCGGGCCCCUCCCGGAGAGCUCGACAACACUGGCCGCCUCACGGGGACAAAAUCCACACUUGCUGUCAUGAAGCAGACACAGAAGAGUCACUGUUCCGUUAAUCUGUAGAAAGAACAGACACGCCUGAGUACACGCACAUACCUGUAAAUACUUACAUGCGGGGGCGUGUGUGUGUGUGUGCGCGCGCGCGUGUGUGUGUGGCUGUAAACCUGGAAACGGGUGGGUUUGGCCGCCCGUGGGUGAUGAGGUCAUGACUGUGCGUCACUGUGGAAACACCAGAACUGCUGUACUCCCCGUUUCUACUGUAGCUCAUUUGCAAUCUAUUUUUAAUAAACUUUGUAUGUAUUUGA